AGUCACAGGGAAAAAAACGAUAUAUAUGCCGUACUGACAUCGACCAAUAUGGUUGGUGCAUUUCAUUGGAGCCUAUAUCUUGUGGACUCUUCAAAAGGCUACAAAUUCCACGCCACCAACAAGAUUGGCACCGCGCCGUGGCAGUAUGAAUGCGUACUUUGGGUGAAUCCUCAAUCGGAGGAUAGCAUGCCUGUCACUUUUACCAAGAUCGGGCGCAUCCCGGAGGAAUGGGACCACUCAUAUCUGGAUUAUUUCUUGAGCAGCAUACCCAUGUGUACCCCAGAUACUGACCGUGCCAGGGAGCCCCGAUUUACUUGCCGAGUCUGGUUCAGAGAAGCUAUUCGCACGUUGCACGCGGCAGAGAUGUUCGUAAAGUGCGCUGAUGUUGAUGCACUCGAGAGAGACCUUGUGACCAAGGCGACAGCUGCUGAGUAUAUGCGACGCUCGAUUCCCCUUCCUCGAUUUCUGACUACAAAUACGGUGGAUGCUGAGGGAUGGCUCUAA